ACUUGAAAGAUUAAUAAACAAUAAAAAUAAAAAAAAGUUUAAAGGAUGAAGAGAUAAAAAAUAAUGAUUUAUCUUAGUUCAACCCUUUUCUUAUAUUCAUUCUCCAAGCUCCAGUUGUGAUUUCAAAUCCCCUAUCAAUCUUCUCAUAGAUAGGUGAAGAUAGAAGCCAUGACCAUGAAACUAUUUGAUGCACACUGUCACCUGCAAGACCCAAGAAUCCUUAACAAGACACCUCAACUCAUUGCCACUGCCCUUGAUACUGGCGUAGUCCGUUUUGCUGUCAAUGGGGUUUCUGAGAAAGACUGGAACUUGGUUAAAGAGAUGGGUGAGAGCUAUCCGUCUGUGAUCCCAUGCUUUGGUCUCCACCCCUGGUUUAUUGAGGAGAGGACUCCUAAUUGGUUCAACACACUUAAAGAGUUCUUUCAGAUCACACCCUCUGCUGCUGUUGGAGAGAUUGGUUUGGACAAGGGUUCACAUGGAAAGAAGAUUGAUUUCAAUGAUCAGGUUCAAGUAUUCCGGAGACAGCUUGAACUCGCAAAAGAGUUGAAUAGACCAGUAUCUGUCCAUUGUGUUCAUGCUUUUGGUGAUCUUCUUGAGAUAAUGAAGAGUACAGGACCUUUCCCAGCUGGUGUCAUUCUCCAUUCUUUCCUGGGUUCUGCUGAGAUGGUUCCUGAGUUUGCCAAGCUUGGUGCUUACUUUUCGUUUUCUGGUUUUCUCAUGUCCAUGAAAAAAGAGAAGGCAACAAAAAUGCUGAAAGCGGUAUCUUCUGAUAGGAUUUUGUUGGAAACAGAUGCACCUGAUGCCCUGCCUAAUGGAAAGUUUGGUUCCCUUUUUCUGGUUGAUGGAGGUAUUUUUCAUCCUGAAGGAGAAAAUUCUUCUUCAAAUGCUGACAGUCUCCAUGAUGGUGAUUCCCAUCCUUCAAAAGAUGCAUCGGCAUUGCCAAGAGAAACACCUAAUCAUCCUGCAAAUAUACACAAUGUCUUAAGUUACGUUGCAUCCUUGCUGGACAUCACCAAACAAGAACUUGCAGAACUGAGCUAUGCAAAUGCAGUACGGUUGUUCUCUUAUGAAGGUUCCAAGUUAUUAGAAAAAUAGAAAAUUUAUCGAGAAUGUAACGCAUUGUACCUGUUUACUUGCAAUCUCAGUUCCGGAACAAGCAGGUGUGUCCAUAAAUGCUGAAAGCCUUCUGCGGUGCACAUGAAAAUCAUGAAUGGCAGCAUGUGAGGUGGAAAGGAAAAGAGAGCUUUCAUUUUCUCUCUUUUUUUCUUCCUUUCUCUUUUCAAUAUAUUAGUGCUAGCCUUCUUAUUAUUUGCA